GGGACCAGUGGUCUCGUAGAAGGCUCUGGCGGAUAAAGAAAGCCUUCUUUCCUUCCAUCCGCUUUUCUGGACCAGCUCGAACGUCCCCGGAUGACUUCGUGCGUUUUUCAUCCAGGAUUAAGAAGCACCGGCAGGCAAGGCCAGUUAGAAGCCCGACGGGGUAACUUCCGCUUCCGGCGCCAGAGGGCAAGUGGAAUGUAAACACGGGACCACGGAGUGGCUUUCAGGUGAUAACAUGGCUGUCGUCUCCUUCCGCUAGUCUGUAUUCACCUGCUCAUUGGAAUACUUUGGAACGAUUUUGAAGCAGUCCCUGAACUUUGACAGAAUGGCUUCCUUUGGGUGGAAGAGGAAGAUUGGUGAGAAGGUGUCCAAGGCCACGUCCCAGCAGUUUGAAGCUGAAGCAGCUGAUGAGAAGGAUGCAGCCGAGAAUGAGGAUGGCAGCUGGGUUCAUGCCAGCAAGCGGAGGAAGGAGACCCUCCAGGAAGGCUGUAAACAGAAGAGUAAACAGCUGAAGGAUGAGGGGGCUAAUCUGGCGGAAAAUAAAAGAUACCAGGAGGCAAUUCAGAAGUGGGAUGAAGCACUACAGCUGACCCCAGAUGAUGCCACCCUCUAUGAGAUGAAGUCACAGGUCCUGAUGUCUCUUCAUGAAAUGUUUCCAGCAGUACAUGCAGCAGAAAUGGCCGUCAAGCGUAACCCACACUCAUGGGAGUCUUGGCAAACUUUAGGUCGUGCUCAGCUUGGAUUAGGAGAGAUAGUGCUGGCAAUUCGAAGUUUUCAAGUAGCCCUCCACAUAUAUCCAAUGAACCCUGAACUAUGGAAGGAGGACCUUUCUUGGGCAAGAAAGCUUCAGGAGCAGCAGAAAGUAGCACAGAGGAUUGAAAAAAAAGAAAUCCCACCAGAAGGAACAGACAUCUCACCAGAGUCAAUCCCUGACUAUGACUUUGAAAGCGAUGAGAUUGUUGCUGUUUGUGAAGCUGUUGCAGAAAAACAGAAGUCAGUGUCUGCAAAUAAAACCAUGGUUAUUGUGUCAGCUUCUGGAACUGUGGAGAUAGUAAAUGAGAAGGAGGAGGGCUCUUCCACCCCAGAUGGCUCUGUCUUUAUCAAAGCCCGAUGAAGCAGUACACAAUGAAAAGAUGUUUGAAUCUAGUUUUGGUUUGGUUUGGGUGUGUUUUUUUGGUUGCUACUUAAUGCUUAGAUGACAUAGGGAUAUCCACUCUGGAGGAGAAGGGCAAAACUUGUGUUUGUAAAAUACAAAAAUCAAGUAGUGGAAUUAUUCUUUAGUGAUUGGACUGUGCUUCUAUAAGCAACUUAUACUUAAGGAUAGCAUCUUAAGUGAAAUGUGUUUUGACUGAUGGACAUUUAAUUUGACUGUAUGGGGAGAGUACAUUUAAAGAUACAAUUUGGAAAGCGUGUUCUUGAAUAGUGGUUAACUUGACAGGCAGUGUUAUUACAAUGUAGACUUGCAGACUUUUAUUUUAUGAUAAAGGAAGUAUGUGAUUUCUUUUCCUCCUAGAAAUCUGCUGUUGUCUCUCUUCCAUUUUUCUUGCUUCACUAGUGUAAGCUUAGAUAUUUCUGACAUUCAUCUUGAUUCAGAGUUAUCAUUUGAAAUAUUUUAAAAUUUGCCUAAAAAUGCAUGCAAAUGUGUGUAUCCUGAACAUUUCUUUGAAAUUUUUUGUUCUAAUUUGUGCUUCUGUUUUGACUUUAUAAAGUUAAGAAGUGGUAACCGUCUUCUUCAGUAUUUGCUAACGAUGAAUACUGAUGUGUCAGAAUGAUGUUUAAUUUCAUUGUUAAGGUUGACUCAUCUUUAUCACAAGUCAGUCAUUUGUAAAGGUGAACGGCAUUUACAGAUUGUCAGUAAAUUCUCCUCUUAUGUUAUCCUGGUCAAAACAGAGUUUUUUUCCUUUUUCCCUUUUAUGGGGGAGGGUGUACCUAGAGCCCCAGCGUGCUAGACUAGCACCCUGCUGCUGAGCUAAAUCCUCCUGUUUCUUUUUCUUAUUUUUGAAAGUAUGAAGAACCCAGAAAACAUUUCUUCCCUUUUUGGUUUUGUUUUUUGAGAGACAAGGUCUUACUUUUAACUCAGGCUGACCUCAAGGCUCUCUUCCUGCUUCAGUGUCUGGGACUGCUGGGAAUACAUGUUUGCGCUUACUUCUUGCUUAUAAAUUUGCAGUGAACAACUUAUAAACGUCUUUCUAAAUAGCUGUUUUUGAACUAUUCAGUGAAAUGAAAAAAUAAUUACAAUUUCAAAUAGGUAUAAAAUAACUCUCUCUUUAAAAGUAACAAGGCAGAUAUAUUAUUAGCUUGUCAAUAUGUGACUGACGAGCAAGGAACUGGAAUGUGAUUAGUAGUAUAAUCUCAUGAAGUGAGCAGAUAUGGAAGCAAAAUGCCUGUAAUCCUAGCACUGUCGGAGGCUAAGGCAGGAGAGUUGUAAGUUCAAGGCCAGUCUGGCUACUCAUAGCAAGUCCUUGCCUCAGAACAAAACAAAAACAGCGGAACAAAAGAAAAAAGUUUAUUAAAAAUCCCCAUUCACAGCUACAAACCAAUACUAUUAUUGCCAUGAAUUACUGUUUUUAUUGUAUAUAUUGUAGAACAAACAAACGCAACUGUCAGGUGCUGUCCCUUCUGAUACUCAGGAAGAUAUUAUUGAUGUAAAUUUUUUCCAUUAGAGAUGAAAGUUAUUUCUGUUGUGUUAUGCAGUCUUAGCAAAAACUGUUGAGACAGGUAAGUAUGGUCAGCAUUUUUGUGAGGAUAAUAUGUUUUAGAAGUAUUUUAAGGGAGUGUUCUUUUUUUUUUUUCUUUGAGAGUUGGAGAAAUCAGCAGUUGCCUUAAAAAGUAUUAUAUUUCCCCCCUAAAUUAUAUCAUCAAAAAUCUAGCCCCUGAGUAGAAAGUCCAGUUUUAGAACGAGUAAAAAUACAUAUUUUGUUAAAUAGCAAGGGAUAUUCUCAGAGGGUUCUUAGAUGACUAGAGAUGAAUGUCACAUUUGAUAUGUUACAUAUGGAUAUCUGUUUAUUGUGUAAUUUACGAACAAACAGAUUUACCCUAUGUUUUGGAGUUCUCCCUCUUAGAUUUGGAAAUUAGAUUGGUAGAUUUUGUUUUUUCUGUGUAAAAGUACACACGAAACAUUUGCAUGGUUCCUCACACAUGCCCUGCUUAGUAAAUGCUAGCCAUUCUAGGAAGAACUUGUCUUAGUUUGGGAAUACUUCCUCUCACUUCCUUCUGAUUUUAGAAAAGAUUUUUUUUCCCAUAAUCUUUUAUCUGAAUCAAGUCACUGCUUGUGAUACUAAAAGAUGGUUGUCAGUUAGAGAUUGCUCUUGGCAUGGGGUUUAUGCUUCAACCCGAAAAGAGGCAAGACCCCAUAUGGCCUGCAUGCUGCUUCUAGACUGUUAAACCUGUUGUUUCAGCUGGUUUGGCAUUAGUGGGUCAUGCUAGUCUCUUUAUUACUCAGAUAUAAGAUGUAAAGUAGACAAGAUGGGGAGAAAAAGGAAGAAUGAUUUAUGGAAAAAGAAUCAUUUUUCCAGACCCCAAAAGGUACUUUAGCUAAUAAUUCCAUUCAGGAAGAGAAAAACACAUUCAUUAUUUUGCUCAGAUGUGAGUAUGUAAAAGUUUACUAAGUUUGUCCAUUAGAAUAAUACAUUUUUAUGAAUCUGGAGAAAAAUGACAUUCAUGGGAUAAUGAUAUAAUUAUGUUUAAUGAUCUUAAACAACAGUAUUAGUGUUAAAAUUAUAUUGAAUAUGAUUUGUAUUGUUCUGGUUUCAAAAUUGUAUGGUAUAGAUACUUAUUAGUACAUUACACAUUGAGAUCAUUCCUGAAAACUUGAGACUCAUGUUACUCUCUAGAAUGCAGGUGCCUGGGUGAUAAAGUAUUGUAUCUUAAAUAUCUAACAGAAUUGAAAAGUUAUCAGGGAGGCAUUUCCGAGCUCAUACCUACUACAGCUGGGUCCUGUGGACAACAGGAUGUGACAGCAUAAGCACACAAGUAUUUUAAAUUGCUAUUGCUGCUUGGCUAAAACUAACGAGGAGUUAAAAGGAGUUGUCUUAGAAAACUGGCAUUUUCAUGACUGCAGCAGGACAGCCUCGCCAGUUUGCUGAUUAUGCUUUAUGCAGGGACCCAGAGGCUGGCUUUCCUUUCCCAGCAGUCAGAGAAUUAUUAAUCAGCUCUUUAAUUUCCUUCAGUCAGAAACCCUUCAAAACCUGCUCUGUAGUAGACAUUCUAGGCCAUGGUUUCACGACAUAGCAUGUGUCCAAAUGAGUUAGGAGUUAACACAGAACCAUCAUCAUCAGUGUGUGUGUGUGUGUUAAAAUGUGACUUUUCUGAGACACCAACAGAGGAGUUCAUGAUUGGUGCCGUUUUUGGACACAGAAAAUCCCUUUUUAAACCAUAUUAAAGCAUGACAGUUGUAAAUGACCUCUUUACUCAUGUAAGUUAAAAUUAAAUGAAGGAGAUUGUAUCUGAAGUCAUGCACCUUAGCCACAUGAAUGCAGGAGCUACGGUGGCCGUUAGCUAGUAUAGAAUACCUGAUUGAGUGCUGCGUGUGAACUACCUGAAUUGUACUUGGAGAGUGUGGAAAGCUGAUGAACAUGCAUUGACCUUUUUGGGAAAGCAGGUUAGGUAGGGAGGGAUGAAUUCCUUUCAUCUUGCUUCUUAGAACAUCCAUUAACCAAGGACUCCUGAUCCCCCUCCCACCUUCCAAGGAGAGAAGGAGCCUAGUCAACAGGACUGAACUUGCUGGUCCCUUCCUCCUGUUUCUCUGGGCUGGUCAUGCCUCCUUCCAGCUACGUUGUGAGUCUUGCAGGAAAGGGGAAUCCUGUGCUUCAGGGCUGCCCAGAGCCCGGUGAGGCCUCCCUAGUUCUGGGUUCAGUAUUACUUAGCCACUGUAUGCAGUCAUGUGGUGUAUUCUCCAUGUCUCCGACUUGUCUCUUAAGUAGUUAGGCCGCAAAGGAGCACAGAUUAUUUAGGACUCCCUUAAGCUCUCAUAAAGAUUUGAGUUUAUUUCAAAAGUAUGAAAUUUAGUAAAAACAAGAUGUAAAAAUUCCAAUUUUUAUUUUUUUCUUAGUGGAGAUUUUAUUGAAAAUGAAUAAUGUUUAUUACAAGGCAGCAGGAAAUUUUGCUUAUGCUAUUUAAAGGUCUGCUGCCUCGGAAUGGUAGUAAACCACAAAGUUGAAGGAAGGAAUGUGGACUGAGUUAUGAUACCCUCUACCCCCUUCUGUCAGUUUUUUUAAGGGACUAAUUUAGUUACAGGAAAAGGCAACCACGUUACGUUUGCAGUUUGAAAAGUUCUUGACAAAUUUACCUAUCCCAGACAUUGUUAGGAGUCCUAUGUCCACCUAAAAAGUCUCUUAAAAUUCUUAAGCACUCUAGUUCACCUCUACCCCAGCACCCGCUCUAUUCAACAACUUAUCUGGUCUCUGUGACUACAAAUUAGAGUUUUCUUUUAUAGAAUUAUAAAUAAAUAGAGCAUAUGGUAUGUACUUCAUGUCUGGCAUAUUUUGCUUAGCACAGUGUAUUUGAAGUUCUUCCAUCUCAGAUUGACCCAUAUUAUUGUGUAUGUCAGUAAUAUGUUCUGUUCUGUUCCUUAGUAUUCUGUUGUAGGAAUGUACCACAGUUUAACUAUUGGUAAUAAUGAACAUUUAGGUUGUUUCAAAUUUUGCUUUAUUAUGAAUAAAGCUGAUAUGUACAAAUGACA